AUGAGAUCUCCCUCUUGCCCCCUAAGGGAAGAAGGGGUGGCUAGUAGCUGUUUUGUCCUGGAUAUUCUAACUGCAAGUCAUGAUCGGGUUGAUCGGAGAACAUAUAAGAAUAUUCCGGAUGGAGAGAGACAUUGGAUGGCGGAACGAUGGGCAUGGGAGACGUUGUUUGCGGAUGAAAUGGAGGCGUUUCCGGGCGAGAAACCAAAGUGGAAAGGAGCGGCGAAAUAUUUGGAGCAUCAAUCACCUGAGGCGGGAGAGUCAUCGAAGGAUACUCAAGCCGAAGCUAGUGAUUUAUCUGAAUUGCCGGAGGUGGAACUCAUACCAUCCUCUCAGCUUAAGACGUGGCGGCAGCAGGUGGACGCUUCAGUGUCAAAGAGAAAUAGAGCCGCUCCUGUUGUUAAUACUCAUGGUACAUCUAGCAAGAUCGUCGACGGAGCUUCAGCUUCACUGAAAAAGCCGCGCAAAAGGUUGAAGACCAGUAAUCAUGCCGGAACCGCCAUCGAAAAUACUCCUAAGACUUCAGCGGUGCUUUCGACCACGACUCUGUCACCUUUGGGUGUGGAUGCAAGAAAGAUCAAGCGCGACGAGUUAAUUUUCUUCGUGGAUGAUUUGAAUGAAGGUUCGGAAAGACCUGAUUACAACGACUGA